AUGUUCUACGACGAUGAUAUCAGCAGCAUUUGGAAGAAUGACAACAAACUAAAAUCUUUUACAGUCCCAAAACAAUCACCACAAUCUGACAUAGCUUUUGUAUCUCUCCAGAACAGCAACCACGCUGUUUUACAUAACUCGAAUAUGCUCACACUCAAAAACUCACAUAACAACAAUAUUAACUUCAGAGAACUAUUGAAACCUCAGAGCAAAGUUAAUUACUCCGAACUAGUAUCACGCAUAAUAGUCAAAACUGAUCAACAAGCUUCAAUAUUUCUUCAACAAAAGCUCAAAUCGCUUAAUAAAUCUGAUAUCAAUCUGCUCGUUGAUGCUGUGAUUCAACGUGCUUUCCCGUUAAUUACUAAUCGCUUUGGGAACUUUCUCGUACAGCGUGUCAUUGAUCUUGAUGAUGUCAGCUACAAAUUACGUAUCGUGAACUCAAUCACUUGCCAGGUUGAAUCUAUAGCAAUGAACUCUUAUGGUACCCAUGUUCUCCAGAAGUUACUGUCUACUUCUCCUGAGCAUGUCAAGAUUCUUCUCGUUAAUGAGCUUCUCAACGGUAAUAUUGCUCAAGGCAUAGUACACAAAAACGCUUCCCAUGUCUGGUCAAAAGUCUUGGAGACUCAAUGGUUUAUUUACAGUCCAUCAAUAAUGAUAGCCGUAAACGCAGCGAUGAAAUAUCGCUGGGUUGAAUGCGCUAAUACAGACACAGGAUCACUUAUUAUCCAAUCCAUCCUGUCUAAGGAGUUCAGUGAAGUUUGUUUCAAUGAGAUCACCACAUGUGCCUUGAAUAAAUGGGGCUCAACGGUCGUACAAUAUAUAGUUGAAAAAGCUUCGAAUAUGUCUCUUGCUAGAGUAACUUGUCUGCUUAUUUACUCUUAUAAGCAGCUUUCAGUUAAUUUCUAUGGCGCACGCUGCCUCAUGGCUUGCCUAACAAUUGGAGACAAAAAAGAUUACGCUAUCAAUCUUUUAUCUGAUUUGUUAUUCAAUGAUCCCGAUCGAAUUGACACUCUUGCUAACCUUAUGGCUUCAUCAAUUGGGGUUCAAUUCCUAGUAAACAUCCUCUCAUUAAUGUCAAAUGAAAAGUAUCACCAAUUACUCACUCUUAUUCACGCUGUUAAAAAGCAAAACGCCGGCGUUAUUGCUUAA